UGAUGCUUUAUCAGCUUUCCAUCUUGUCCGACGGCAUGGCGGAUGGCGAGGAUGCGAGGAAGGAGGCGGAGGAUGCGAGGAGGGAGACCGCCUUAGCAUCGACACUUCUCUUCCAACCCAACUUCAAGCCUUCUAAGGUUACCCAAGCACAACUCGACAAGCUCAAGGAUCUGCACAGGAAGCGUUUGAAACUCAAGGAAAAAGCAAAGGGGAACCCAAAAUCGAAAGAAAUCGCACAAAGGAGCGUAAGCACAUGCGCGGAAGAUAUUGAUUUCAAGUAUACUACAAGUCCUGCAGCAUGUAAUUCUGACGGGAGUUCGAAGAUUCCUGUAUUUGAUCUAAAGGAUCAGAAUGCUCCAUGUUUAAUCCCCAACAAGAGAAGAAAGCUACGCUGGGGGCUUGAUGCUAAAGAAAGAUGGGAAAGAAAGGCGAACAUGUGAUGGACUGACUCCAAAACAGGGAAAAUCAGUUGUCUGUUCCUAAAUGCUCUCGAAUAUAUAGGCCAUUAUCAUGAAAUCUCAUGGAGUACGCAUGCUGGUCGCUUUGGAACAUUGCCACGAGUCGUGCAAAAUAAAAGACUUUAUACUCCAUUACGAGUUCCUAAGGCUUCUUGGGAGGAUGUGAGCAUAGAUGUUAUGUUGUGUUUGCCUACUGGUUCAUAAGAUGGCAUAUUUUAUUUAUUGCAACUGGCAUCUGGAUGCAACAAGAAUUGCGGAUGUUUACUUCAAAGUUGUAAAACUUUAUGAAAGCCUUUUGACAAUCACUUUUUAUAUGGAUUCUAA